AGUUCUCGGUUCCCUUCAGGCAUGAGUCAUGUGGCGGUGGAAAAUACGCCCGGGCUGGAUCAGCAGUUUGCUGGUCUAGACCUGAACUCCUCUGAUAAUCAGAGUGGAGGAGGAAGUACAGCGAGCAAAGGGCGCUAUAUACCUCCUCACUUAAGGAACAGAGAAGCCUCUAAAGGCUUCUAUGAUAAAGACAGUUCAGGGUGGAGUUGUAGUAAAGAUAAGGACGUCUACAGCAGUUUUGGAUCCCGAGAUUCAAGAGGAAAGCCCAGUUACUUCAGCGAUCGUGGAAGUGGGCCAAGAGGAAGGUUUGAUGAUCGUGGACGGACUGACUAUGAUGGUAUUGGCAGUCGUGGUGACAGGACUAGCUUUGGCAAAUUUGAACGCAGUGGACACAGUCGUUGGUGUGACAAAUCAGAUGAAGAUGAUUGGUCAAAACCACUGCCACCAAGUGAACGUUUGGAGCAGGAACUCUUUUCUGGAGGAAACACUGGAAUAAACUUUGAGAAAUAUGAUGAUAUACCAGUAGAGGCAACUGGAAAUAACUGUCCUCCACAUAUUGAAAGUUUCAGUGAUGUUGAGAUGGGAGAAAUUAUCAUGGGGAACAUUGAGCUUACUCGUUACACUCGUCCAACUCCGGUGCAGAAACAUGCCAUUCCUAUUAUCAAAGAGAAAAGAGACUUGAUGGCUUGUGCCCAAACGGGAUCUGGAAAAACUGCAGCAUUUCUGUUGCCCAUCUUAAGUCAGAUUUAUACAGAUGGUCCAGGCGAGGCUUUGAAGGCUGUGAAGGAAAAUGGAAGAUAUGGGCGCCGUAAACAAUAUCCUAUCUCCUUAGUUUUAGCCCCAACAAGAGAAUUGGCUGUACAGAUUUAUGAGGAAGCCAGAAAAUUUUCAUACCGGUCUAGAGUUCGUCCUUGUGUGGUUUAUGGUGGUGCUGAUAUUGGUCAGCAGAUUCGAGACUUAGAACGUGGGUGUCACUUGUUAGUCGCCACUCCAGGACGUCUAGUGGAUAUGAUGGAAAGAGGAAAGAUUGGAUUAGAUUUCUGCAAAUACUUAGUGUUGGAUGAAGCAGAUAGGAUGCUGGAUAUGGGGUUUGAACCUCAGAUACGACGUAUAGUUGAACAAGAUACCAUGCCACCAAAGGGUAUUCGCCACACUAUGAUGUUCAGUGCUACUUUUCCUAAGGAAAUACAGAUGCUUGCUCGUGAUUUCUUGGAUGAAUAUAUCUUUCUGGCUGUAGGCAGAGUUGGCUCCACCUCUGAGAACAUCACACAAAAAGUAGUUUGGGUGGAAGAAGCAGACAAACGGUCAUUUCUUCUUGACCUCUUAAAUGCAACAGGGAAGGAUUCACUGACUUUAGUGUUUGUGGAGACCAAAAAGGGUGCUGAUUCUCUGGAGGAUUUCUUAUACCAUGAAGGAUAUGCUUGUACCAGUAUCCAUGGUGACCGAUCACAGAGAGAUAGAGAGGAGGCCCUUCACCAGUUCCGCUCGGGAAAAAGCCCUAUUUUAGUGGCUACAGCUGUGGCAGCAAGAGGACUAGACAUUUCAAAUGUGAAACAUGUUAUCAAUUUUGAUUUGCCAAGUGAUAUUGAGGAAUAUGUACAUCGGAUUGGCCGUACAGGACGUGUAGGAAACCUUGGCCUUGCCACCUCAUUCUUCAAUGAAAGAAACAUAAAUAUCACGAAGGAUUUGUUGGAUCUGCUCGUUGAAGCUAAACAAGAAGUGCCAUCUUGGUUAGAAAAUAUGGCUUAUGAACACCACUACAAGGGUAGCAGUCGUGGACGCUCUAAGAGUAGAUUCAGUGGAGGAUUUGGUGCCAGAGACUAUCGACAAAGUAGUGGUUCCAGCAGUUCUAGCUUUAGUAGUGGUCGUGCAAGCAGCAGCCGUAGUGGUGGAGGUGGUCACAGCAGCAGCAGAGGAUUUGGUGGAGGAGGUGGCUAUGGAGGCUUCUACAAUAGUGAUGGAUAUGGAGGAAAUUACAACUCCCAGGGGGUUGACUGGUGGGGCAAUUGAAUCUGCUGUGCAACAAAGUCAUCCUUACAAACAAGCUAAUACGGAAACCAC